AUGGAUGGUGUUGGUGGUGAUGAAAGUAGUGAUUGUAGAAGGGUGAUGGAUGAUGGUGGUGGUGAUAGCAGUGGUAGAAGUGGUGGUGAUAGUAGUGGUAUAGGUGGUGGUGAUGGUAGAGCUUUUGGUGGUGGAGGCAAUAAUGGUGUCUAUAGCGCUAAUGACGAUGGUGCUACAAAUAGAAAGAUAAUGAUUGUAGUAAUGGCGGAAGGUAGUGGCGACUUUAGUGGUGGUAGUAAAAUGAUGACAAUGCUUAUGGUGGCAAUGGCAAUAGUAAUGAAGGUGGUGGUUGUGAAAGGGGAUUGGAUGGUGGCGGUGGUGGUGGUGGUGAUACCGAUGGUAGAGGUAGUAGUAGCGGUGAUGGCAGAGUUUGUGAGGUUAUAA